AUGUCUCGCCCCGAGGACUCUCUCGCGGCCGACGUCCACUAUGACGACAUCGAAGCCCGCAAAUACACAACCUCCUCCCGCAUCCAAACCAUCCAAGCCUCCAUGACCCGCCGCGCCCUCGAGCUGCUCGACCUCAAAUCCCCGUCCUUCAUCCUCGACAUCGGCUGCGGCAGCGGCCUCUCCGGCGAGAUCCUCUCCGCCGUCUCCCCCUCCGACGGCGGGCCCCACGUCUGGGUCGGCAUGGACGUCUCCCCCUCCAUGCUCGACAUCGCCCUCCAGCGCGACGUCGAGGGCGACCUCAUGCUCGCCGACAUUGGCCAGGGCGUGCCCUUCCGCGCCGGCACUUUCGACGCCGCCGUCAGCAUCUCCGCCAUCCAGUGGCUCUGCAGCGCAGAGUCCAGCGAGACUUCGCCCACGGGGAGGCUUAACCGCUUCUUCAACGGCCUGUACGCAAGUCUGCGCCGCGGAGGCCGUGCCGUGUGCCAGUUUUACCCCAAGAACGACACGCAGCGCCACAUGAUUACCCAGGCCGCCGUCAAGGCGGGCUUUGGCGCGGGUAUCCUCGAAGACGACCCCGGCACCAAAAACGUCAAGCUAUAUCUCGUCCUUACCGUCGGCAACAACGACAACGACGGCGGCAACACAGACAUCACGGGCGUCGUGGACGGCAUGGACAACGUCGACGUUUUGGAUGCCAGGAAGAGGCUCAAGGUGAAUAACGCACAGGUUAAAAAGGGCAGCAAGGCAUGGAUUGUCAAGAAAAAGGAACAGAUGGAGCGCAAGGGCAAGAUCGUCAAGGCCACGUCCAAAUACACUGGCCGCAAGCGUCGGGUACAAUUUUAA